AUAAUUGAAAUAUUAUACGAAGCUUAAAUUAACCUGAUUAUAUUGAAAAUGUUCAUCUCUAUCCCCCUUCCUUCUCUCGUGGCCACUGCCACAGGCAUCACUGGCUCAGCCUAUGCAUCUGGUUUCAUUGCCUCUCUUUCACUUGCUGGCAUCCCUGCUGCUCUUCAACUAUCAGGACCCCCCGGUGUUUCCGUUUGGCAGGUUCUCUUCAACCGUGGAUUCGCUCUUAUGCCCAAACUUGCUGGAACAACAGCAAUCGCCUAUUUGUACGCCGCCUAUACAGCUCACCAGCAGGGCCGUAACUGGAAGGGGCUGGCUGCCAGUGCUGCUUUGACGGUCUCCAUCGUUCCUUUCACCAUUAUCUUCAUGAGUUCAACAAACGACCUUUUGUUUAAGGCGUCUGCUGGAACCUUGGAUGCUUCACAGGAGGACGUGGCUACGUUGAUCGGAAGAUGGGGAGUUUUGAACUUGGUCCGAAGUCUGCUUCCUCUUGCUGGAGCGGCUUUUGGUUUCUCAACUCUGUUCAGCGAAGAAUAAAGACAUCAGUUGAAGGUAAACCGUUAUAGAGCCGAAAAAAUUGAACCAAGCAACAGUGUAGCACUGAAGCAAUCAGACAUGUCGCAGUCAUGACAUUUGGCAUAAAUGAAGCCGCUGUAUUUUUAUGUAUCCUCCAAAGGGAGAGGGCCCAGUGACGAUAAAAGAGCACCAGAGUUUCACUUUCA